AUGGCUUCCUCUUACGCAUCAUUUUCUGCAGUCUUCAAUGGUUUCGCUGCAACCAGACCAAACCAUCCUUCGACUUUUCUCGUCACUUCAUUGAAAUUCUCCAGAGGAACAUCAAAUUUUCGGAAUCUGAGAAAUGGGCUUUCCCUGAAAUCUUCGAACAAUCAUGGGUUUCAAUUCCAAACCAGAAAUUUCAGCGUUUAUGCAAGAGCUGCUGCAGAGAAGACUGUUCACGAUUUCACUGUAAAGGACAUAGAUGGGAAGGAUGUUUCUCUAGAUAAAUUCAAAGGAAAACCUCUGUUGAUCGUUAACGUUGCUUCGAAAUGUGGUUUGACAUCAUCAAACUACUCGGAGCUUUCACAACUGUACGAUAAAUACAAGAACCAAGGAUUUGAGAUUCUAGCUUUCCCUUGCAAUCAAUUUGGAGGUCAAGAACCAGAAUCAAACCCGGAUAUCAAACGAUUCGCUUGUACCCGAUUCAAAGCAGAGUUCCCUAUAUUUGACAAGAUUGAUGUCAAUGGACCGAGCACAGCUCCUAUCUACCAGUUCUUGAAAUCAGAGUCUGGUGGGUUCUUAGGUGAUUUCAUCAAAUGGAACUUUGAGAAAUUCUUGGUUGACAAAAAGGGCAGAGUUGUCGAGAGAUACCCUCCCACGACUUCGCCUUUCCAAAUCGAGAAGGACAUCCUCAAGUUGCUUGCGGCUUAA